GUGACUUUGACUCGCGGAAGUGGCAGCUGGAUGAGAGAUGAAUAGAGUUUGGUUGAGGCGAUCGGUUUUAUAUCCAGGAAAAUACGAGUUAAAGUUUGAGAUCAAUUGAAUUUGGCAAUUUAUAGACAAUCCGCUUUACCUUCUAUAUAAAGAAUUAAUUAGAUGACUUUGUAAAUGAAUGACCUUUUGUCCACAGGUAGUAAGUAAGCAAGUCUGCGGGGACAUUGGCGUGUGUUCAAGAGCGCAAAUUGUAACAUUACGUUUUCAAACAUCGGACGCCUUUACCCGCUUUGUAUUAGCAAGUCUACCUGUUCGUUUCUAGUCUAAUUUUGGCUUGUAAACAUUAAUACUUAGUUAGCUAAAAAAUAAAACUAAAAGAUGGCAUAUAUGUUGUGUUCUCAAAUAAAUACAACACUGAAGCCCCUGGCAUUGAGGGCUGCUUGUGCUUGGUCGGGGAUACCUGUAAUUCACCGUACAUACAGCAGUAAACAUGAAGGAUCCGAGUAUUUGCACAGGAGUAUUGUUCCGACUAUGCAUUACCAGAAAAGUUUACCGAGAUUGCCAGUUCCGAAGCUGGAGGACACAAUGAGGAGAUAUUUGGCAGCUCAGAGACCCCUGUUAAAUGAUGAACAGUACAGUAAAACAGAGAAGCUGGGUCAUGAAUUCCAGAAUGGUGUUGGAAAGCAGUUACAUGAGGAGCUUGUGGCUCAGGAUAAAAUGAACAAGCACACCAGCUAUAUAUCAGCUCCAUGGUUUGACAUGUACCUAUCUGCCCGUGAAUCUGUGGUCUUAAACUUUAAUCCUUUCAUGUCAUUCAACCCUGAUCCCAAACCUGAGUACAACAGCCAGCUUGUUCGGUCUGCUAACAUGGUGUGUUCUGCAGUUCGGUUUAUGAAGACCCUGCGUGCUGGACUCCUUGAACCAGAAGUGUUCCACCUAAACCCUGCCAAGAGCAACACUGAUACUUUUAAAAAGCUCAUCCGAUGGGUGCCAUCAUCCAUCUCAUGGUUUGGAGCUUACAUGGUGAAUGCCUAUCCACUGGAUAUGUCACAGUACUUCCGUCUUUUCAACUCUACAAGGAUUCCCAAACCCAAUCGGGAUGAGCUUGUCACUGAUCAGAAAGGUCGCCAUGUGCUUGUCAUUAGAAGAGGUAAUAUGUAUAUAUUUGAUGCUCUAGAUCGGGAUGGGAAUCUGGUGAAACCUGCAGAAAUCCUGUCACAUCUCAAAUAUAUUCUUGCGGACACGACACCAGCUCCUGCUUUUCCUUUGGGUGUCCUGACGAGUGAGAACAGGGAUGUUUGGGCUGGACUAAGGGAGAAGCUUCUACAGGCAGGGAAUGGUGAGGCUUUAGGUUUAGUGGACAAUGCUUUGUUCUGCCUGUGUCUUGAUGAUGAGGAAAUGCAGGAUCAUAUACACAUCUCCCACAAUAUGCUUCAUGGGGAUGGCUGUAACCGAUGGUAUGACAAGUCAUUUAGUAUCAUCAUGGCCAAAGAUGGACAAGCAGCCAUUAAUUUCGAGCACUCUUGGGGUGAUGGUGUGGCUGUCCUCCGUUUCCAAAAUGAAGUCUUUAAAGAUACCACAGAAACGCCACUUAUUGGUCCUGGCACCCAACCUGCUGCUGUAGAUUCAGCUUCUGCUGUCCGGAAGCUGCAAUUCAAGCUAAACCCUGAACUUGAACAUGGGAUCAGAAAAGCCAAAGAGAACUUCCAGGCUGCUGUUUCACAGCUUACUAUUGAUGCCAUGGAGUUCAAGCAAGGGGGAAAAGAGCAGCUGAAGAAAAAAAAGCUCAGUCCUGAUGCCAUUGCACAACUGGCUUUCCAGAUGGGAUUCCUGCGGCAGUUUGGGCAGACCGUAGCUACAUACGAGUCCUGCAGCACUGCAGCUUUCAAACAUGGCCGUACAGAGACCAUCCGCCCUGCCAGUAUUCACACACAGCGCUGUGCCCAAGCCUUUGUUCAACAGCCUGGUCAGCACAGUGUGGAGCAGCUCAUGGGUCUGCUGGAUGCAUGUUCCAAAUAUCAUGGGCAGCUCACUAAGGAUGCGGCCAUGGGACAAGGAUUUGACCGGCAUCUUUUUGCCAUACGCUACUUGGCAAAUUCUAAAGGAAUGCCUUUGCCAAGUCUGUACCAGGACCCAGCUUAUGCAGCCAUAAACCACAACAUCCUGUCCACAAGCACACUCACUAGCCCUGCUGUCAGUUUGGGUGGCUUUGCUCCUGUGGUCCCAGAUGGCUUUGGAGUAGGCUAUGGUGUACAUGAUGAUUGGAUAGGUUGCAAUGUUUCCAGCUACCCUGCCAGGAACGUCCAUGAAUUUCUCAGAUGCGUUCACAAAUCUUUGGAGGACAUAUUUACUGUUCUUGAAGGAAAGCCGAUUAAAUCCAGCUAAGUGUGCAUCAGUAAAACAAGAGUGGCUUUUGAGGAUUCAUACAAAGGACUCAUUUUAGAAUUCUCAUAAGUUAAUGUUUUCAUCAAAAUACUGUUUUUUUUUUUUGUCUGCAGUUAAGUAGGCCAGUUCCUAUAGACAUUGUUCUAACAAUAAAGGUUUCUGUGAAGUUGUA